AGGAUGAUCGGCUGAGCAGUUAGAAGUAUCAAUGAGCAGUGAGUAGAGUGGUGUCCGGUGUGGUGGUUUUUCUUUAAAGUGAGCAAACGUAAAUUUGGUUUAAGUGUAUGAGCUGAAGAAAAUGCUGAGGUUCGCUUUCACUCUUCUUUUGUUUACGCUUGCAUUCGGCGUUCUAUCCUCCUCCCCGGUCUUCUCCGAUCUAAUCCUCGCCAAGGUUGACCGUCGCAUUGAUUUGACAUCUCAAAUUGUGCGCAUAACUACCUCACUAAAGGUAGAGAAUGCGGGAUCAAACCCUAUCUCCGAGAUCUUGUUGUCCUUUCCUGAAAAUCAGGCAAAGCACCUGGCAUACUUGACAGCAACACUUAAUGAAGGAAAGGGGAAAGGGAAAGCAUCUUCUGGUGCUGGUUUACCCACUGAAGUUGUUAUCCCUAAAGAUGUGCCUGAUUCCUUGACAUUUUAUUCCGUAUCUUUACCCAAGGGGCUUGGGAAGGGAGAGAGUUUGCUGUUGGAUGUCUUGGCUGUUUUUACCCAUGCGUUGGAACCAUUUCCUGAGAAAAUUAGUCAAGCUGAUAUCCAGCUUUUACUGUUUCAAGAUACUGCACACUUUCUUUCUCCUUAUAAAGUAAUGGUCCAGUCAGUCGCUGUUAAAUUGCCCGAAGCAAGAGUCGAGUCCUACACAAAACUUGAGGGCACAAAACUGUCUGGAUCUGAGUUGAAAUAUGGCCCGUUCCAUAAUAUUCCACCAUUUUCAUACUUGCCAAUAAUUAUUCACUUUGAGAAUAAUCAACCCUUUGCAGUUGCUGAAGAGUUAGUGCGAGAGAUCGAGAUUUCCCAUUGGGGAAAUGUACAGGUCACAGAGCAUUACAAUCUCUUUCAUGGUGGUGCCAAGAGUAAAGGAGAAUUUUCUAGACUUGACUAUCAGGCCAGGCCAUAUGUAAGAGGUGCAUCAGCCUUUAGGCGUCUUGUUGCAAGGCUGCCGCCACGAGCUCAUUCAGUUUACUACAGGGAUGAAAUUGGAAACAUUUCCACUUCUAGUUUAUGGGGUGACUCAAAGAAGACAGAACUGGAGAUUGAACCUAGGUACCCUUUGUUUGGUGGAUGGAGAACUGCUUUUACGAUUGGAUAUGGUUUGCCAUUGCGGGACUUCCUAUUCGAAUCGGAUGGAAAACGUUUCCUUAAUUUUUCUUUUGGUUCCCCUAUAAAUGAGCUAGUGAUUGACACUCUCAUUGUGAAGGUUGUUCUACCAGAAGGGUCCAAAGAUAUUUCUGCAUCUGUUCCAUUUCCGGUGAAACAAUGGCAGGAGACAAAGUUUUCCCACUUGGAUCUUGUUGGUAGACCUGUUGUUGUGCUGGAAAAGAACAAUGUUGUGCCUGAGCAUAAUGAGCAUUUUCAGGUCUAUUAUAAAUUUAACAGUCUCUCCAUGCUCAGGGAGCCUCUGAUGUUGAUCUUUGGGUUUUUCUUUCUCUUUGUUGCCUGCAUUGUCUACAUGCAUGCGGAUUUGUCAAUCUCCAAAUCAUCUGCAUCUUAUUUGGCCAAGGUCCAGUGGGAAGAGGUGCAAGCAACUGUUCAGCAGAUCCAUAAUAUCAUUAGCCAUUGCUUAACAGCACAUGACAAGCUAGAAGCAUCAUUGCGUGAUCUUUCUAGGACAGGAGAUGUUCAAGCUUGUAAAGCAACUAGAAAAUCAGUUGAUAGCUUGUUGAAAGGGGUUUCUAAAGACUUGAAGCCUCUGGUGACAUUCUUGCAAUCUUCUCCACAAGCAGCUCAUAUACUGCCCAAGGUGGAAGAACUGAUUGCUAAGGAGAGAGAUUUGCAGGAGAGACUCAUGGCAAAACACACAACAGUUGUAGACUGCUACGAGAAGAAGUUAGGAGGAAGGGAAAUUGAGAAUCGGAUUGCUUCAAAUCAGCAGAAAAUUACCUCUUUGAGGCAGGAGGUUGAUGACCUCAUGGAUUUUAUCGAUGAGAUAUGAUGAUUGUUGAAUAUGCUGCUCCGGACGACAUGAAAUGAGACCAUUUUGACAUUGUUUUACUUGUUUGGUUCGAAUUUUGCGGUGGUCUAAUCGUUGCCAAGAGAGGAUUUUGCUAGUUUUGUAUUGACUUUAUUUAUAUAUUGUAGCAGCAGUUAAGGUUUAUGGUCCUGUACACUUUUAUAUCCCUGUUAUCUUACCAAUACCUACUGGAUGGUGGAUACUACUAGUACUUAACUCUUUUUCAUCGAGCCCGUAUUACACGACCAACGGAAUUGAAAUUAUGAAAUAGAGGCUUUUCUUA